GCACAUACUCAGCUGAUGAUUGCCUGUGCGGAAGGUGAUGUGGCGGCUGUAGAUAAAAUUUUGGCUGAUUUUUCAUUGAAAGAUCGCCAUGUUUUACUCAAUGGACGUUCUCCCGAGGACGAUACUGCAAUGUUCAUUGCGUGCACCAAUGGUCAGGCCGAGGUAGUUAGCCGCCUUCUUCCUCCUGAGAAUGAACACGUGCUGAUAAAUCCUAUCAACAAGGAUACUGUGCUUCAUGCAGCCGUUUCCUCACAAAGUGUCGACGUUUUGCGUAUCGUUCUUGGGGCCUAUCCAGAUUUGAUCGCCAACACAAACUGUGAUGGAUGUACUUGUCUCCAUUGGGCAGCGGAGAGUGGCUCCACUGAGAUUGUAAAAUGUUUGCUUGAAUUCCCUUAUCCGGAAGAGUACGUGAAGGAAGUUGACUUGCUAGCGCAUCCGCCAUAUCGGUUAGCAAUAGAUGUGAAUCGUGGGGACAAUGAGUGUCGAACAGCCUUGUACCGAGCAACUGCUAAAGGUCACACUGAAGUACUGCAGUAUAUGCUGUCGUUUCGAUGUCCUUUCACCGAUGGAAUAGCAAGGUGCCCCUUUCAACUUGAUGUUUACUGUAGUCGAGGAAGAACUCCUUUGAUGGUCGCUGCAUAUAACCAGUCGCUGCCUGUGCUUACACUACUACUUGAUGCGGGCGCAGAUGUGAAUUUGCCUUUGGGUGUUCUCGAUUCGGAAACGUGUGAGGAGGCUCGAUGUGUUGGAUCCGGUGCGCUAGUGGAAGCUACGCGAUCUGACGCUGUUCAUAUUGUGCACUUCUUGUAUGACAGAGGAGCUCUCGAUACCGACAAUCGGGCAUUACGCCUCGCUGCGAAGAAUAAGAAUCUGAAGCUCAUACGGGUAUUCUUGACGCGAUUAGUUUUUCCCGAUCCAGAGUAUAAAGUCAACAAGAAGAAUGUUGAUGUUGGACAGAUCCAAGUUGGUCAAAAUCUGCUUCCUUCCUCACUCUGUCCAUCGCGAGCUGCAUCUCUCUGCUGGGGUUCAGCUUCGCUAGAAGCAGUUCAGUCGGAUUGGUUUGUUGCUGCAGCAUUGCAAGUUAAUCCUAGACUUCGUACUACGAGGUUGUCUCUCGCAGCUAUAACACGGGUAGAUCUUUCAUGUAAUCGACUAACUACAUUCCCUUCUGUAUUAUUCCAAAUGCCUUCUCUAAGAUCUCUAAAUCUUGCUGAGAAUCUCAUUACUACUAUAGAUAUGCCGGGUUUUUAUGUUACCUCCACAUCGCUAGAAGUUCUCAACCUGAAACAAAACCGUCUGGAGACUAUUUCUCCGCAGUUAACCACUUUGGACGUUUCCCGUAACUGUCUCAGUCAACUGCCGGAAUACAUUUGGUUGUGUCCUUCGUUGAAGGAACUCAAUGUUGCAUCGAAUCAUCUCAAUUCUUUACCCAUGGUUGGAAAUAUGCCGAGACUCGGUCGAGCUUCUCGCAGCGCACAACCUGCUACUCCUACUAGUCCGACAGCAGGCCCAGAUGCUGUUGCAAUCAACGAUGGCGUAGAAGAGCCUACUAACGUAAUCACAAAACCGCUAAUCCGUCAGAAUAUCUGGCAAUCAGGAAUAAACUUAUCGAAGGUCGAUGAUGAAGACCUUUUCCCUGAUUUUCCGGUUACUUCCUCUAGCACGCUCACAACAUUAAACCUUUCAGCCAAUAGGUUCCAAGUGUUCCCCUUCUGCCUUGCAUGUACAUGCCCUCGUUUGCUCACCUUAAACAUGAGCUUCAAUCAGCUAGUUGCUUUGCCGCCUAUACAGUGUAUUCCAGCGCAUGUUAGAACACUUGAUUUUUCUGGAAAUCUCAUCCGUGAGGGAUUCCAAUUACCCACUGUGUUCCAUACCGUUUGCCACGCAGUGCCUCCCACCACUCCAACCCCUCUGGGCGUUCGUCGUCCUAACAGCCCUGUGCGACAAAAUCGAAGCAGGUCAAAGUCUGCGGUUCGAUCGCAGCGGUCCCUCUCCGUGUCGCGCAACCAGCCAGUAGAAAUAAACUUCGAAGAAGCCUGUCAGCAUAAACGACAUGAUUCGUUAGAAUGGCUGAAAACGUUGAAUAUCAGUGGAAAUCAACUUGAAUCGAUUCCCGUAUGCAUCAAGGGCAAGGUACUAUACCAACAACUCAACGUCUUGGACGUAAGUACAAACUCUUUGAAGACGGUGACUGCCGAUCUCUCGCGAAUUCCUGGGUUGUCGGUUUUGAACCUGAGUGGAAAUAAAGGAAUUCAAACUCUUCCACCGGAGUUGGGUACACUUUCGAGGCUAUGGUCGCUGUCGUUAAAAGGCUGUCAGCUCAAAGAGCCGCUGGACUCCAUGGUCAAUACUGAAAACUGCAAAACUGUUGAGAUUGUCGCUCACUUGAAAACCAUUCUGGAAGAGUCUAAAACUUACCAUCAUUUACGAUUGCUUAUUCUGGGAAGUGAUGGUGUUGGUAAAACUCAGCUUUGGGAAGGAUUGCGUUCUGAAGCCAUCCAGAAGAAGUCGCCAUUGCAGAAUUUUCAGGCUGAAAGCGUCCAAAUCGCUGAGUGGAAGUUUGAAACGAAGAAGGUUAAGGGAGAAACACCUUUAGGUCCUGUGGCGUUCUCAUCCUGGGACUUCACUGGACAGAGGGAAUAUCACGCAACUCACCACUACUUCCUUACCCGACGAACUCUGUAUAUUGUCGUAUGGAGGGUGACUGAUGGAGAAGUAGCACUUCACGACGUUCAACGCUGGCUUAUUAAUAUACAGGCUCGAGCUCCGAACUCCUGUGUGAUUUUGAUCGGAACGCAUGUUGAUCAGAUUUCCUCGAAUCCAUCAAAAUUUUCAAAGAAUUUCUUGAAUGGUGUUGAAAAGAAGAUACGAAGUCGAUUUAUGGUCAACGACGGAGAUAAACAUGGCCUGCCGAGGAUCCUUGACUUGCUAUUCAUCAACGGUAAAUCAAGAAACGACAUCAAGAACCUCCUCAAUGUAAUUUACAAUUCAUCUUGGGAGGUUAGGAUAGGGAAGGAACGUGCGCUUGAUCAGCAGAUACCAUCUUCCUAUAUAGCUAUGCUGAAGAUCGUUCGUGAAAUGCACAGUGAAUUACGUCGCGACGCCUCAUCCGCUGUCAUGACUCUCGAGUCCUUCAGGGAGCGAACGAAACAGCGAAUGAACCAAAAAUUUGGAAGACCAUUUAGGGAUGAUAUCGAGUUUCGCGGUGCUUGCACCUUCCUCCAUGACAGCGGUGAAAUUGUCCACUUUGAGGAUGCCAGUUUGAGGCAGCUGAUAUUCGUGGAUCCUCUGUGGCUGGCCGAUUACCUUGCUGCAGUGGUAGCGUUGAGAUCUCCACAUAAAGCUGCUGGCGUCUUAUCGCAAGAUGCUCUUACGCCAUUGCUCAAGCAGUUUCGCUCUCUUGACUCGACCGUCCCUCUUCGAACCGCUCUACUUCAUCUGUUGCAAAAAUGCGAACUUGCUCUGCCAUGUCUCGCUCGCUGCUUAGUGGUUCCGUCUCUUCUACCCGACGAGUACAGACUUAGAGCUGAUUACCAUGCUUCUUCCGUCAGAAUAACUGCGAAAGUGGUUUCCUGGGUAAUUCGAUCGCCGCCAGAAUCUGUCACUCAUCAACCUUUGGCUCGAACAACCGGAGUCUGGCCGAGGUCCCUUGACCAUCCACCCUUAUCUCCACAGCAGCCGCUAAAUGGCGACGCUACAGAAACAACAUUUACUUUCAACUAUACCGCAGAGAAGCAGUUGCGAAGAGUUUAUGCUAUGUCUUACAUCCCAUCUGGCUUCUGGAGUCGUCUCAUCACCAGGAUCAUUGGGGAUGAGAAUGUGAUGCGAGCAAUUGAAUGUGUAUUCUUCGCGAACUCUCAUAGUGAUGCUGAACGUCUUCGCGAACUAUGCGACAGUCAGGUCAAAGCAGAAUGGAUUGUUUGGCAAACGGGACUUGAGGUAAGCGAAAGAAACGACAGUAAUCUUUGUGGAGCAGUAUCAGUAUGCAUGUAA